AUGAAAGUGUUAAAACUAAAAUGGCCUUAGAGGGAGGGAGUUUUAUUCAGGUGUGUACAAUGUGUGUGUUAAAACGAAAGAGCAAGAGUGGUGAAGCUUGAGGCAGUAGGCUAUAUGUUCACAAUCCAUAUCAUGAGAAAAGAGGAGUCAAUUUUGCAGUAAUCUUUGACAUUCAAACUGAACUUAGCCUAUGACCUUAUAGAUGCAGACAUGUUUUCCUCUAUAGGCUGUUGCUAUACUGAUGUGUUAUAGCUAAUUUCCUCUAAAAAAGUACGAUAUAUUAUUAUGAAGCUGCCCUUAUUAUGUCUAUAUCCAUCCAUCGAACCAUAUAGUCAAAUACAAUUCUGCAAUCAGAACAAUGUAAAUGUGAAUGUAAAUGUUAUACAACUAAGCUAAACGAAAUUAGGUUGUCUGUCAUUUGUAAAUACCAUGAAAUAUUUUUACAAUAAGCCAACUGCUUUGAGAAUUUGACUGUUUGUGGCCCCAUAUUUCAAACCCUCGUGACAGAUGUCUUAGGCCUAUGGGUGUGGUUUACCUUCUACGUUGUUGGCAUAGAUCCAUAACUUGCAUGCAAAUGCAGACCUGUGGAGAACUCACCUGCGGAGCCUCUCCUGCAUGCAAAUCGGUUUUCUUCAAGCUCAAUGAAUUAUACCUCUAUUUAUUGAACACAAUGCCGACCAAAGCUAAGAAUUCAUAUAAUUAUUUUGAUUGAACGCAAUGGGAACGGUAGGAAAGAAUAUGGGCAAUUUUGUUUUUCCUUUUCCUACCAAAGGAUAAAUGAGGCGCCAUUCUUUUCUUGAAUCUUUGGAGGUUGACUAGCCUAUGAACACCCGUGCGGCUUGCUCGAUUAUUGUACUUUGCUGGUGUUCAUUUUCAAAUUAAAUGUUUAAUAUUAGUUUAUUAUGUAUUCGACUUCUUAGAAGACGCCUACUGUAGGCCUAGUCCACAGCCAUCACUAAAGGAGCAGAAAAGCGAUGAUGGAUCUUCAAUACCGUUUUUUUCUCUAACGUUACUCAUACUCACGUCUUCUCUGCCUGAGCCUACAGUACUUUUCACCCAAUGGCCCGAUGCAAUGGAACGAUCUUGUGCCUCUGCCUCAUGCCCUGUGUGAUGAUGGGACAUCUCCUGGUUUAUAUCAUGGUGUCCAUAUUUGUCUCCAUAUCCUAUUCCCCUCCCCACCUACCUGUCCACUUUGUUGCCCCAGGGGCCUCUGCCAACUCUGGGGCACUGGCCUCCCAUCCCCUGGGCCCCUUCUGGAACGUUCGCCUGGAGGACAGUGCUUUGUGGAACCAGCUUCAGCAUCUCUGGGACCGGCACCAUAACCCCAUUUUGAGGGGCAACUCAACUGCAGGUAUGAUCACAAGGCUUAUCACUGAGCUCACUGAGCCACCAGAGAUGGCGGUCUCCUCAGACUGUGGCCCAGACAAGUGCUGGCUUCCUCACCUACCUGACUUCAACACCCUGCCAGAGCAGAUGAGGGCUUUUGUCCAGUCCAUGCAUUGCAGGGUGUACCCCUUCCUCAUGGAUCAGCCCAGAGUGUGUGCUGGCAAUGAGAGCACUGGGCCAGAGACCCCUAUGCUCCUAAUGGCCAUCAAAUCCCAGGUGGGUAACUUUGAGAACAGGCAGGCCAUCCGUGAAACAUGGGGGAGAAGUGGCUGGGUGAAGGGGGAGCUGGGGGGGAGGGGUGGGCUGGUGCGCACAGUCUUUCUGCUGGGUAGACAGGACUCGACAACGGGCCCUCACCCAGACCUUGGUGGCCUCCUGAUGCUGGAGAGCCAGCAGUAUGGGGACAUCCUGCAGUGGGACUUCAGGGACACUUUCUUUAACCUGACCCUGAAAGAUCUGCUCUUCUGGCAUUGGCUUCAGAACCACUGUCCAGGGGCAGAGUUUGUCUUCAAGGGUGAUGAUGAUGUUUUUGUUAGGACAAGUGCCCUCCUGGACUACCUGCAUAAACAGAGGGAGGAGGACGGCAUGUGGAGAGCAGAUAGGAACAAAACUGAGAAGAUAAAGGAUUUAUUUGUGGGGGAUGUAAUUCAGAAUGCAAUGCCAAACCGACAGCCAACCACCAAAUACUAUAUCUCAGAGAGUUUUUACAAAGGUGCGUACCCACCAUAUGCUGGUGGAGGAGGGGUGGUGUACUCUGGUGCACUUGCCAUGCGUCUCAGACAAGUGUCAGAGAGGGUGCGUCUUUUCCCCAUCGAUGAUGUAUAUCUGGGCAUGUGCCUCCAUAGACUUGGGGUGGCCCCCAUCCAUCACCCUGGAUUUUAUACCUUUGAUCUCCCAGAAACAGAGAGGGAGAAGCCUUGUGCUUACAGCUCUGUGCUGCUGGUUCAUAAGCGAAACCCUAAAGAGAUGCUCACGCUAUGGAGGUGGCUGCAGACUCCACCCUCACCAUGCUGAAGAAACCAUCAAAGGGUGAGGCACCAGACCACGGCCAUUAGGCGGUAAUGUAAAGUACUCAAGUAAAAAUACUUUAAAGUACUACUUAAGUUGUUUUUUUGGAGAAUCUGUACUUUACUUUACUAUUUAUA